UGAUUACUUCAUUUUCAUCGAGAUACGGGAACGUAUAAAUUGUAACUGGGCCGAGCUUAAGAACAGUUGUUAAAACAUACAUGCUUGGAAAAAAUGCGUUCUUUUCUCGUACUUGUUUUUGCAGUAGUUGUGGUAUCAAUACCGAUAAAAAUACCUGAUCCAAGUGAACUAGCUGUUUAUUUAAAUGAAGAUCAAUUUGAAGAUUAUCUCGAUGUUUGGUUGAAAAUAAAAUAUCAAAACAUUAAACUGAUUAGUCCCAGAAAUUCGGGUUGCACAAUACAAGUCAAUGGCGACCUCGGGCAACCGCAACCGGUGUACAUUCACGACAAUAAUUAUCUCGCACCGACUGGCAACACUGGACUAAUACAUCUUAGAACAGGAGAGGAGGUUACUAUCGCUUGCGUCGGAUCUGGACAAAAAAUUGUACAUCCCAGUGUUACCAGUUCUAUAGAUAUUGGUCCUGCAACAUGCGUGAACGAUACCCUCUUCUCCGGUAAAGGAUGGAUAGAUGGAGUGUUAGCUUUCGGCGAUCUCACUUGUUCCUCCCAUUGUACACACGAAGCUGUAUUAACAUCUGAGAGAUGCUUUAACAACAAUGUCGUAAUUCGAGUGGGUUUUACUGUGAACAAUGUAUUUUACCCACUGUACUGGUCUUGCUUUGAUCAAAAUCGUUUGGAAGUUCUAUACGUGUGGUAUGAACAGAAUCCUCCCAAUGCCGUCAAUCAGGUUGGCGUCGCUCGACCAAGCUGGAGAGCCAGCACAUUCUACCCUGGCGUUGAUGUCAACAAUCGUUACACCGUGGCGCAACAGAAAGUAACCAUAUCUAAUUACGUGGGAAGUGAUUUGGCGGAGAAAUACGUCACCAGUACGCAGUAUUUAGCUCGUGGUCAUCUCGCUGCUAAAACUGAUUUCAUAUUCGCAACAGGACAACGAGCUACGUUCUAUUUUAUAAAUUGUGCUCCUCAAUGGCAACUCUUUAACGGCGGCAAUUGGAAUAUGCUCGAACAAAACCUUCGUACACGAAUCGGUGAAGCUGGUUACAAUACUAUGGUUUAUACCGGAACGUUUGGAGUACUUCAGUUGAGAGACUCUAACAAUCAACUUGUUGAUAUCUAUCUACAGCGAGAUAGCAAUAACAAUACUCAAUUGCCGGUACCUUUGUAUUAUUAUAAGGUGGUCUACGAUCAAGCAAAUCGUCUUGGUACAGCAUUCGUCGGUAUUAACAACCCUUACAUCACUCUGGAAGAGGCUCGUUCUCUCACGUUCUGUAACGACCACUGUCGUAACAAUUCCUCCUUCUCCUGGCUCGGGUGGCAACCAGACCGCAUUGAUAGAGGUUACAGCUUCUGCUGCAGUAUCGACGACUUUAGAACAUUUGUGCCACAUUUACCUACAUUUACUGUUACUGACCUACUUACGUAGGCAGUGGUAUGAAUGCCCUAUCUAUUAUUAGAUGCUAAUAUUUAGCGGGCGCACAUUGACUAAACUAUUGCACUACUGUUGUUCGAUUGUCAAUUGUUUUGCAGCCCAUUCAAUUGUUUAGAUGCACAAAUAAAAUUAUAGUUUCCGUACCAACACAUAUGUAGGCUCAUAGAAAUUAAAGUUCGACUGAACAGUUGUAAGAUAGUUAAAUAAAUCAAAGGUGUACGCGCGCUGUAAAGGUUUA